GAUCUUUAAAACCCCAUUUUACAGCGGUUUAUGUUGCAGCAACACGGUUAUUCGUUUUAACUUUGUGCGCUUCGCUGUCCGCUGCUCCUGUCGCACCAAUUCAGCGCGUUUUCCAGCAGAGAUCAUUGUGAGAUCAUCGAUCGGGAGGAUGACAGCUCGAGUGUAUUGCUCGUUGAUUGCUGUUUUGUUGUGUCUGUCUGGAUCCUUGAGCAUUACAGAUGCAGCUCCAGGAAAGACAACAGCAAAGCCUGGAGUGUGUCCACCCCAAUCAUCUGGAAUAAAAUCGUGUACCACGUCCUGUAACAGUGACUCUAACUGUCCCAACAAUGAGAAGUGCUGCAGCAAUGGAUGUGGACGUUACUGUACGGUUCCAUAUAAAGUGAAGCCGGGUCACUGUCCCAAACCGAAGAAGAUUCAAGCAUGUGCUGAAAGCUGUUUUCAUGAUGGCCAGUGUCCUGCCACACAGAAAUGUUGCCCAACCACCUGUGGCCAUGCAUGCAGUGAACCACAUGGUCAGGGAAGAGGUCAAGGAAAUGGUUGGGAAAGUGGUCAUGGUCAGGGAAGUGGUUGGGGAAGUAGUCAGGGAAGUGGUUGGGGAGGUGGUUGGGGAAGUAGUCAAGGAAGUGGUCAGGAAAGUGGUUGGGCAAGUGGUCAUGGUCAGGGAAGUGGCUGGGGAAGUAGUCAGGAAAGUGGUCAGGGAGGUGGCUGGGGAAGUAGUCAAGGUCAAGGAAGUGGUCAGGAAAGUGGUUGGGCAAGUGGUCAUGGUCAGGGAAGUGGCUGGGGAAGUGGUCAGGGAAGUGGCUGGGGAAGUAGUCAGGAAAGUGGUCAGGGAGGUGGCUGGGGAAGUAGUCAAGGUCAAGGAAGUGGUCAUGGUCAGGGAAGUGGCUGGGGAAGUGGUCCUGGUCAGGGAAGUGGCUGGGGAAGUGGUCAGGGAAGUAGUCAAGGAAGUGGUCGGGGAAGUGGUCAAGGUCAAGGAAGUGGUCAGGAAAUGGCUGGGGAAGUGGUCGGGGAAGUGGUCAAGGUCAGGGAAGUGGCUGGGGAAGUGGUCAGGGAAGUGGUCAAGGUCGGGAAAGUGGUCCUGGUCGGGGAAGUGGUUGGGAAAGUGGUCAUGGUCGGGGAAGUGUUAAAGGUGGGGGAAGUGGUUAUUGAAAUGGGCGUUUUGCAUAACACUUACUGGUGAUCUUUUCAAUUGAGUGCUUUAUUCAUAUGGCAUGUUUUCCAUGUUUGCUCAAACAGUUAAGAGAUUUCUGUCUUUCUCUGUGCGUGCCCCCCCCCCAUCUAAUAAAGAUAAUUGCGGUUUGAGUUGA